UCGGGAGUUCGUGGAGAUGGAGGUGCCGUUCAACGGAGCACCCAAAAGGCCUGGUUCACCUUCGCCUCUGACCUCCCCGGCGCACAGCACCACCUCUCGCGGUGGUCUUCUUCAAUCCUGCUGUGGUCGCUGCUACCCUCAGCGCUAUCAGCAGGCCUACAGUCAAUACAUCCCGGCCACGAGGGCCCAAACCUCGUCAGGCCAACCUGGUGGAGGCCAAACGGGUACUGGCGUUGGAACCGAUGACACUUACCUCGUCGAGGCCUCAUUCUGAGUGCGAGACGAAUCC